CAGAAUCUGAAAAAUGGAAAUACAUACAACGUGUUUGUUUAUUCUUAUCUUUGCUGAAGGUAUCAGCUCAAUAACAGUGACAACAAAUUCAGAGAUAAAUGUUACACUCGGAUCAAAUACGCCCAUUGUUUUGAAUUGUACAUACCCCACAGAAAUUACUGUAGAAACAAUAAAAUGGAAAAAAUUAGUUCAUGGUGUUAACAAGUAUUUGGCAAGAUUUGAUCCUAGGCAGAGUGAUGCAAGUCUCGCCGGAGAUGGGAUUUACUUGGUGAAUAGAUCUAAUCUUAUCAAUCCUAAAAAUAGUUCUAGAAGUGCUGUUCUGAUAAUCAAUGACGUCAAGUGUGAAGAUGACGGGAAGUACCAAUGUUUCGUGGAGUACAAAGAUGGAGUACUAAUUAAAGAAGCUACAAGUAAAACAACCGUCUUUUUACAAGUUGAGGCAGAGCAGCCGACAAGUUUCGAAUUCUACCAAAAUGGCACUCUGAAAGAAAACGACAAGGUGUUUUUGUCAUGUUCUGCGAAUGUUGGAAACCCUGGUGGAUUUGUUGCAAUAUGGAAGCUAAAUAAGUUAUCAAAUCAACCGAUAAUAUUGAAUAAGUCAAGUGAAGUAGUUGAGAAGACGGAGAAUUGUACAGCGGUUGCAAACCUCAGUAUAACUUACACGGUUUCCCGAGAUGACAAUGGUGCGAUUUUCCGAUGUUCUUCACAAAACAGACAAACACAGGAACCUGCUCCUUAUAAUGACACAAUAGCAAUCGAUGUUUAUUAUGGCCCUUCCAACGUUACAAUUAUAAGUUCGGCUCCACAUCUGGAUUUAUUUGUCGGAGCGAAUGUAAAUCUCACAUGUAGUUCUGAUGGGAAUCCACUUCCUUCUUUCAAAUGGAAAUUUAAUUCCAGUGACGUUCUAAAUGACGAAAGACACUCGCUCACUCAGGACAACAGAACCCUUAUUCUUAGAAAAAUGGUUUCCAACGAUAGUGGAAUUUAUUCGUGCUUUGCUUUAAAUGUAGUCGAUGGGGACACACUAAAGAUGUCUUCAAACAAAUCGCUGAUAAUCAAAGAAAAACAUAAAGAAGAUGUAGAAGCGUCCCAGCCAACAUGCGGAGAAAGCCAAUGUAAAAUAUCAGAAAUUUGCUCCGAAAUAGAUGGUAGAGCAGUCUGUGACGUGAACUAUUGGUUUUUUGCCGCCCUUGUUUUUAUGUUCUUCACUAUGAUUUUUAUAGUGACAACAACAUUUUUGUGCAUUAGGCGUUCAAGACACAAGAACAACUCUAUAAACUUCAAUGGUGAAGUGAAAUCUGGUGCUCUCAUCAAAUCUCAGGCCAAUGAUUACGAUCUUGAUGGAUAUUCAGACCCCAAGGACGUUACUAAAUUAUGCCAAAACACCGAGGAAAGUGGAUCUGAAAAUGUAGCCUAUGCAGAUCCAGUUGACAGCAACAAUCAGUAUGCAUCUGCCAAAAAGGACCUCCCAAAUCCUUCGAAUCCUCCCAAUGUAUACGACGGUGCUUGGGUCUGAUAACUUCGUACAGAAAGAGGGCGGAACUUCAGCGAGAAGCAUAUAUCAGAAACGUUAUUUACGUCACUGUCACUCCGCACAGCAAAGUAGCAUUUCCCAAGCUUCAACACGCUUCAUUGUACCUUAACUUUAUUCAUUUUUGUUUGUUUGUUUUGUUAAGAUUUAACAUACUCUUCAUAAUUUGUUUUACUGAAUAGAUGGUACUUUAUAUUUUUUUAAAUAUGUGAAUUAUUUAUGUAUAUUUAUAGACACCAGUCAAUUCAUUGCAUAUUACAUAUACAUGAAUAUUGUUUUACAGCAAAAUCAUUUGCGGAUCAAGAGGGGGUUUCGGGGUUGGAACGGGUUUGGACCCCCUCCCCUUUAAUUUUUGCCAAGAGAGGAGAAAGAGAUGAGUGAGAGAAGGAUUAAAGCAGCUCGAUCAGCAACAGUCUGUUCAUACUCCACUUGCUAUAGAUAGUCUCACAUAUUUCCUUUCUUCAAUUUACCUUGACUAUCCCUCCCUUUUAGCGUUUAUGAGUAGAUGGGAGAAAUUAUUCUACUUAUUUCAAUGCAUGAUAAGUAACAUGUGAGGUUCAAUUUGCUAUCAAAUUCCAGCGAUCUUCGGCUAUAUAUCAUUUUUAAUCAUCUUAAAUCAAAUACGUCAUUGACGACAGUAUGCUUAAGGUCAUAGUAAAUUAAUUCUUUGUUUGAUAUUUAUUCCAAGGCGGGUAGAUUUUCAGGAAAAACUAGUUAAAACAAGAUGUGUUUGUGAAACACUGAUGUCCCCUUAUGGCAACUUAUGGCAAAGGUUAAACUUUCUCAAAUGCAAAUCAAAUAAGAUGGUACCCAAAGUAAGGUCUUGUACCGAGGAAUAUACCUGUAAAAUAUGAAAGCCUUAGCAGCAACCAUUGAAAAGAUAUGGAAUAGGUUAAAGAUUUUCAAAAGUAGGUCAAACAUCAAGGUCAAGGUCAAAAUUAAUGGUGCCCAAGGAAAUGCCUUCUCACAAGAAAUACACAUGUGAAAUAUGAAAGCCCUAGCACCAACCGUUUAAAAGAUAUGACCAAGGUUAAAGUUUUUCAAAAGUAGAUCAAACUCAAAAGUCAUGGUCAAAGGGUCUAAGUUGUUGGUAUCCUAAAUAAGGUCUUGUCACAAGGAUUGCGUAUGUGAAGUAUGAAAGCCCUAGAACCAACUGUACAAAAGAAAUAGCCAAGGUUAAAGUUUUCCAAAAAAGUGUCAAUCUCCAAGGUGAAGGUCAAUGGGCUAUAAUUGUUGGUAUCUAAAGGAAGGGCUUGUCACAAGGAUUACACAUGUGAAGAAUAAAAGCCCUAGCACCAACUGUUCAAAAGUUACGGCCAAGGUUAAAGUUUUCCAAAAGUAGGUCAAACUCCAAGGUCAAAGGGUCAAAGUUGUUGGUAUCCAAAGGAAGGUCUUGUCACAAGGAUUAUACAUGUGAACUAUGAAAAGCCCUAGCAUCAACCGUUGAAAAGUUAUAGCCAAUGUUAAAGUUUUCCAAAAGUAGGUCAAACUCCAAGGUCAAAGUCAAAGGGUCAAAGUUGUUGGUAUCCAAAGGAAGGUCUUGUUACAAGAAUUACAUAAGUGAAUAAUGAAAGCCCUAGCACCAACCGUUCAAAAGAUAUGGCCAAUGUUAAUGUUUUUUCAAAAGUAGUUCAAACUCGAAGGUCAAGGUCAAAGGGUCAACGUUGUUGGUAUCCAAAGGAAGGUCUUGUCACAAGGAUUACACAUGUGGUCUAUGAAAGCCCAAGCACCAACCGUUCAAAAGUUAUAGCCAAUGUUAAAAAGUUUUUCAAAAGAAGGUCAAACUCCAAGGUCAAAGGGUAAAAGUUGUUGGUAUCCAAAGGAAGGUCUUGUCAUAAGGAAUAUACAUGUGAAGUAUGAAAGCCCUGGCACCUAUCUUUCAAAAGUUAUGGCCAAAGUUAAAGUUGGGGAAAAUUUUGUAAAACUGGGUCAAACUCCGAGGUCAUAGCUUUAACCAAUCAAAAGUUAUAAGCAAUGUUAAAGUUUUUGCGGACAAACAGACAGACGGACGGACAGGGCAAAAACUAUAUACCCCCGAAUCUUCGAUACGGGGGCAUAAAAACAAACACGAGAUUAUCAGAUUCUCAACAAUUUUUCUCUUCUUUGAAAUAUUGCAAAUCCAUUCAAUUUUAAGGCUACCGUAGUUUUUGGACUGUGUUUGUUUUUUAUGCGGACUGGAGGGUACGUUUAACAAAGAUAUGAUUUAUCAUGACACGAUGAUUUUUCUCUCCACGUGUGUGUGAAUCUAUGUUUUAGUGUGGGUGGGGAGAGGGAGGGUGAAGGGCCACCACCCUGGAUCCUCCUCAGAAUUGCUGGAUUCGCCCCUGUAAAUGAAGGCAUUCUUUCCAAAUAUGAGAAAAUUUAUUAAAUGAAUGUAUAUUAAAUUUAAUCGAAUAAAAAAUCUUGCUUUCAUUGUGCAAGUUGACCUUGGAGUUUGAACUACUUUUGAAAAACCUUAACAUUGUCCAUAAUUUCUGAACGAUUAGUGCAAAGGUUUUCAUAUUUCACUUCUUUUCUUUUUUUUCCUUUUGGUACCUUUCUGGUACCAACAUUUCUGACCCCCUGAUCUUGACCUUAGAGAUUGAAACUAUCUUUAAAAAUCUUUAACCUUGGCAACUUCUGAACGGUUAGUGUUAGUACUUUCAUAUUUCACAUGACUCUUUUGUAUUUCUUGUGAUAUUGCCUUUCUUUUGGUACCAAAUUUUCUGACAUUUUUUUUGCAAACAAAAGCAAAUGUGAGAAUUAUAAGGGUUUCGCAUAAAGAUAGUAGUCAAGGGACAUAACUAUUUCAAUAUACGAAUUUAACUCGUUACAAUAAAUUUUGGAAUUCGUUAUAACGAAUUUGGAAUUCAUUUUAACGAAUUUAAUCUUAACUGUUAUAACAAAUUUAUUAAUUCGUUAUGACGAAUUCAACAAAACCGUUACAAUGAAAUAAGGAGAUAACAAACAGUAAUCAAGCUCACAAUAAAAAUCGGAAGCAGAGCAAACAAGAACCUCUAAAAACAUCAGAGGUGGGAUCAGGUGCCAUGGAGGAGAAAGCAUUCCCUUUCGACCGGUCCCACCCGCUGUGUGCUCAUUGUUAUGAUCGAGUAAACGAAAUAAUUGUCCAACAACUAGCACAAAAAACGUCAGUCAGCACUGAUGAAACCUAUUCGUUUUUUCUUUUGUAAGGUAGAAACUAACAAUCAAUGGAUAUACAUGUAUAGUACUGUUUUGUGAAUAUUUGUUUUACGUUUUGAAGAUUCCCUACUAUUUAAGACCUAUUAAAAUAUGUGAAAUGAAUGUGAUUACAGUAUAUGAAACAGGUUUAAAACAUUUUAGAUUAUUUAUGAAAACAAUAUAUAUUA